GUCUUAGGGCAAGAGUUGUCCAUCACUGAACCAUUUCUGAAUACAGACACGUUCAAAGUCUGUCCAGAAGUUAAAAAGAUAUGGGAGACCUUAGUUCUUGUGGUGGAACGUGCAUCCCGGCUAGUUGAUGACAAACGCAUGAACACUAUCAUCAAUAGAACCUCAAACCAGUAGGGGAACAUGGUGUUUGCACUUUUAGAGUCAGUUAUCAUCUGAAAUAUCACUUGAGAAUAGCUUGGAGGAUUAUCUCAUAAGAUGCAAGAGGUAAGCCACAAAUUGACUCCCUUCACUUGUCUUCUCCCACAAGGACGGUUUACAAGGGGUUCUCUUAGGUUUGAGACUUGUUCCUAAUUCUUUACUCAAAGUCUCAAACACAAAGUGUCGAAUAUAUGUAGUAUCUACCCUCUUUUCCUCCAGGCUGCACAAACUGAGAAAAACCAGGACCAAGUUGUCUCUAUUGUGAACAUACAAUGUUCAACUGGAUGCGUAUUUGAACACUAGGCCCGUGAAGCGAGGAAGAGAAUGGCGUUGGCCGAAAGACGCUGCAAAACAGCUAAAGAUUAUAGGACCAUAUGUUCCUUUAACCAUUUUUUUGUAGUAGAAAAAUUGCUGUAUGUUACAUUCUGGCUAGUGGAAGGUCUUUGUUCUUGUUGUAAUAAUACUGCAUAAUUUUCAUCAGUAACAAUAAGCAUCCUUCAUCAAUCGUUGUUUCAGUAAAGCACCGCUAUAACAGAGAAGAUUAAUUCAUACAAGUACAACACUGCGAUUCACACGUUGGAACAGAGGACCACAUGAAUUAGCUUUUGAUACGAACCCCAUAGUCCAUUUUUGAGCUCGUUUCUUUCAGCUACACUGUUGGCGUUCAGCUGCUACCAGUAUAGCUCAGUACUUCUGUGACUCAACUUGUAAGCAGAUAUAACUAAACAUCUAUAAAGCUCAAAAUAAUAUAGAAGCGCAAAAUAAAUAACAAAAAUUAAAAACCCAAACAGUCUUGGACUGUAACAGAAUCCAGAACCGCCCAAGAUUAGCUUCCCCUAUAUAAACCAAAUCAUAACCGCUUCUUUCUUGCUUCAUCUUCCAUUUUAGUCUCUCUCUCUUUCUUCAAGCUCACAAAUCAACAACAAUGGCGAACAUCUCGAGCGCUUCUUGUUUCAGAGCCAUCUUUCUCGGAGCCCUCAUCAUCCUCUGUCUUCCUCAUCCAUCCACCGGCGUUCCUUUGGAAGAGUUAGAAAGAGCCAUCGCCGUCCUCCGCGUCAGAGGCCGUGCUCUCUUCGCCAACGCCAUCAUCACCUCCGAUCUCCUCUUCGAUCUACUCUCCCACGAGUCCCUCACUCUCUUCGCCCCCACCGAUUCCAUGCUCUUCGCUCUCGACAUGACUCAUUCGCUUCCAUUCUACGUUUCCACUCUCCGCCUCCACUCUGUACCGCUCCGCCUCCCACUCUCCGAGCUCCGAUCUCUUCCCAACGCCUCCUCUCUCCCGACGCUUCUCCCAUCUCACCGCCUCCUUCUCACUAAGCCUUCUUCCUCCAACGACUCCAUUUUUCUCGACGGCGUUCAACUAAUCCUCCCUGGUUUGUUCGAUGGUCAUCAUAUCGCCGUACACAGUCUCGCUGAUCUUCUUCCCCUAACUGCUCCCUCGUCUCCCAACCGGCUCGUGGAGGAUUCGGCGGCAGAGUCACCGUGGUUUCUAGGUUCAGGAUUUUCACCUGCACCAGAGCCUUACUUCGCCUUUAUGGGUCUUUCACCAGCAGAGUCGCCGACUGUUGAGGAAGUUUCACCAUCGCCGUCGUGGGGAGAAGAUUUCAUCGUAGACGAUGAAGGAGGUCCGUUAGAUGGGAGGAAGAACGGCUUUUGAUGUACACGUGUCAUAAUCUCUGUAAAAGGCUACACUUGUAAAGUCAAAGAGUCUUUUUUCUUCUCUUAUUCAAUUUUUUUGGGUCAAAUCAAAUAGACUC